UUUUUUAUUUUUCAACAGAUUUCAGACCACCUGUAAUCCAGGUGUUGGUCUUUUGCUGUACCAUCGACAUCAACACUGCCGUACUCAAAACAAAAUGAAGUGAUUCGUGUAUAGUGAAUCUGUGCAAGCUUCGCGUCAGUGUCAUCGACGUGUACGACAGUGCAAGGAAAAUCUCUGUCACUGCCUGAUUUCUUUUUAUUUUUCGUGAAUAAUUCAAAACUGAGAAGAUGCCGAUUGUGGAUAGCGGGAUGCCAAUUAGAGGCAUAUACCGACGAGGUGUGAUCGACACUGGCAAGCAAAGAGUCGACGUGUCUGACGAUGACGAAGAAGACUACCACAACAAUGACGACGACGACGACGAUGAUGACGAUGAAGAUGAGUUGUCACCGGCGUCGAGACCUCAUGAAGGCAUUUAUGGCGACAGUUCCCCACAAAGCAUAGGAGACACAAGGAAAUGGGAUGUGUUCAGGAAUAUGCCACCAGAGACAAACAGUGGAUCAACAGCCAACCAAAAAUGCCUGGACAUCACAGUCAAGUGUUUGAAAAUCUUUGCUUACUUUGUGACCUUUGGUGUGGUUUUGGUGUGUGGAAUGAUCACCAAGGGCACUGUGCUGUUCAUGACUUCUCAGAUCAAACCCAGGAGGAAGCUCAAGUACUGCAACAAGGACCCAUUGCUAGAUCGUUCCAAGGAGUAUGAAGUUGACAUCCCUGACCUGGAAAGAGUGGCGUGGAUUUGGUGCUUAUUUUUUGCAUUUGUGCUGCCGGAAUUUGGCACUUGGUUCCGGUCAACGCGAAUUUGCGUUUUCAAGUCCUGGGAAAAGCCCAGACUGUUUGACUUCCUCAUCACUUUUGCCUUUGAAACUUUGCACACUGCUGGUCUGGCUUUGCUCAUUUUUGUUGUUCUGCCAGAACUGGAUGUUGUCAAGGCCGCCAUGUUGACCAACUGGGCGUUGUCGAGACACUUGGGCAAGGAUCAGAAACGCGGAAUGGGAACCAUAACCAAGAUCUCCAUUGACGUGCUGGCCAUUGUGGCCCAGGCCACGGGUUUCGUCGUCUGGCCCUGGGUCGAGAACAACAGGACUGGAGCAGACCCUGCCAAGGUCUGGAUAGUUCCCAUUGCCGUCAUGCUCACUUCUUUCGGCUGGUGGGAAAAUUACGUCAACAAAAAAUCCACCUUCACCUCUCUGGUCAGUCUUUCUUCAUCAACCAUGGAGAGUGGUUGCAAGACCCCUUUCCCGGGACUUUACAUUGGCACACUUGGAGGACAGGGGCAACAUCAGAGUGCCGAUACGGUGCUUUGCAUUUGCGCCUGA